GACGAAAAAACACCAUUACCCAUAAACCCCUGUGAUGACAUAGUAAACCCACAGACAUCAAGAUGGUGCUUGAAAGUACUAUGGUCUGUGUGGACAACAGUGAGUACAUGCGCAAUGGAGACUUCCUGCCCACCAGGCUGCAGGCUCAGCAGGAUGCAGUUAAUAUUGUUUGUCACUCUAAGACCCGCAGCAACCCCGAAAACAACGUGGGCCUCAUCACCAUGGCAAACAACUGUGAGGUGCUGACCACACUGACCCCAGACACAGGCAGGAUACUGUCCAAGCUGCAUGCUGUGCAGCCGCGUGGAAACAUCAGCUUCUGCACCGGCAUCAGGGUGGCACAUUUGGCGUUGAAGCACAGACAGGGCAAAAACCACAAGAUGCGCAUUAUUGCAUUUGUUGGCAGCCCGGUGGAGGACAAUGAAAAAGAUCUGAUCAAAAUGGCAAAGCGUCUAAAGAAGGAAAAGGUCAAUGUGGAUAUCAUUAACUUUGGAGAGGAGGAGAUGAACACAGAGAAGCUGACAGCCUUCAUCAACACACUGAAUGGCAAAGACGGAGCCGGCUCCCACCUGGUCACAGUUCCUCCAGGCCCCAGUCUGGCUGAUGCCCUGCUGUCCUCACCCAUCCUGGCUGGAGAGGGAGGUGCAGUGCUGGACCUGGAUCCGUUUGGAGUGGAUCCCAGCGCAGACCCGGAGCUGGCCUUGGCUCUGAGGGUGUCUAUGGAGGAGCAGAGACAACGACAGGAGGACGAAGCUCGCAGAGCCGCUGUCGCAUCAGCUGCUGAAGCUGGCGUUUCCUCUCCUGCUGCAGAUGAGUCAGAGGACGCCCUGUUGAAGAUGUCUGUUCCUCAUACAGACUCCUCCACACCUGCUCUGCCAGACUUCAGCCGCAUGACGGAGGAUGAACAGAUCGCCUAUGCUCUGCAGAUGUCCAUGCAGGGAGCAGGAGCAGAGUUUGAUGCUGAGGACAUGGACACAGGGGUUGACAUGGACUCCAGUAAGGCAAAGGAUGAAGAGGACUAUGAUGUUAUGCAGGACCCAGAGUUCCUUCAGAGUGUCUUGGAGAACCUUCCUGGAGUUGACCCCAACAACGAGGCCAUCCGUAAUGCCAUGGGCUCGCUGGCUUCUCAGACGGGCCCCAAACCCGACACUAAGAAGGACGAGGAGAAAAAGAAAUGAGCACCCAAAGAAAAAAAGAGGAACUUCAAAUAUGAAAAAUAAAAAAAAGACCUGAGAAUUGCACCGCAUGGGUUAUUCACAGUAAUAUUAUUACCCUCCUCUGUACAGGAACCGUUUUGUUAAUCCUUUGUUUAUGUAACCUGUAAACAACUUUUUUUUCAACUUUAGGUUGUUCUGUUUUCAUUUUUUGUGUCAAGCACAUAUGUGUAUUUUUGAAUCUUUUGUAAUAUACCUACUCAGUAACAAGGGCCGAUUUCCUCAAUAAAUUUACAGAAUACAA